GAGGAACGGGUCGGUGGCAGGCGCCGGUGCGGCAGCGGGGAGCGCCCUCAGCUCCUCCGGGCGCGGGACCCUGCCGCGCCCGGCCCCCGCGAGUAUUUUUAUCAUCUAAAGACUGAAUAUGGACCCUGAAAAUGAAAUAAAGAAGCAAGUAAACCCCUUUUACUGCAAUAUUUGCAAAAUCUGGUGUUCUUCUGCACUAAACUUGCAGACUCACUUCCUUGGAGCAAAACACAAGACGAUUGAAGAAGCCUUGAAAGCUCAUGGCAUGGUUAAAACAGAAAGUGGCUUAGGGAAGAAAGUGAAAACACCUGGGAAACUUCCUGAUUUUGUUAAAACAGGAAGUUGCUUAGGGAAGAAAGUGAAAACACCUGGGAAACUUCCUGAUUUUGUGCCAUUUGAGCCAGAGAAGGACACGUCAUAUCAUGGACAGACGUUGGAAGAACAGCUUAAUACAUGUAAAGAUUCAGAACCUGCACUUGGACUUAAUUACAUAAUAGAAUACCGAACAAAAGACAAUGUUCCUUUUCUCUAUGAAUGUCAACUGUGCUACUGUAAAACAGGACUGAGUAACAUGUUCAUGCAUGUUUGUGGCUCCAAGCACAGACUGGCAUACUUGAGACAACAUUAUCCAGAGAUAGCACAAUCUGAUGAAGUUAAGGGUAAAGGCUCUGAACUGAACAGAAGAGUUAGGCAAGUUGGAUUAACAAUUGAGAAGAAAGAAGGAAGAAAACAAAUACAGGUUGUUACAGGUGUUCCAACAAUGAGGAGGAAAUGGCAAGAAUUUUUCAAUGCAGAUGACAGCCCUUCAAAAGCUAAAGUUCAGCAUGUGGAUAUGCCCCUUAGUAAUGCAGAAAAAACAGAUAAUAAAAAUAAAGAUGGGGAACUGACAGACCCUACUGAAGAUGAAGAUAAUGUUCAAGAGGAGAAUGAAGAAAGGCAGAAAGAACAGACAAAACCAGAUGAAAAUGUUGAACCUAAUAAUGCUAUUGAAAGCAGCAAAGGCAACAAUUCAGAAAGGUGUGAGACCAAUAAACAAUCAGAGGAAGAAAACAAGGAAGCUGAGCAAGAAUUUACAGCAAAUCCUGAAGAAUUCACUAGUCAAGAAGAGCUGUUGGGUUAUUUGCAAAGUUUUGAGAUACUGAAUGAAGAUGAUGCUUCAUUUAUCCUGAAAGUUACACAGACUCUCACAAACGCUCUGGUGGAAUAUCGUCAGCAGGCUGCAUCAAACAAAGACCACUUAAAUGCUGGAUAUAAUGGAGAAGCAGCACUGGAGUAUUCCACAGAACAGUCCAGCCUGACUCCAGCAGAAUACUCAAGCAGCCGAUCAGCUAAGCAGUUCUUAUCAGUCCAUGAAGAUGAACCCCAAAACUUUUCAACUGGCUCUUUGGAAACAGCGUAUGAGAACAACAUCACGACUGAAUUUUUGAACAGUGUAAGAAGUAUGAAUGCUGAGGAAGUUACUGCCACCCUACACAAAAUAGCAGCCUCAAAUCCAGCUUUCAGAGGAAUUGAUAUUCCGAAUGUUAUAAGGAUCCUGACUGAAAGUGGAACUCUGAGGGGACCAAGCAAUGGCAGCACACAGUGACAUGGUAGUUAAUAGAGAGAAUAUAGCAAUGUUUUAUAUACUUUCUGUAAGUUUGUUGUUUUACUACAUAUGACCUCAAUGGAGUUUAUUUUGUUAUGUUUAAGUUUCGUAUAGUGGUUUUUUAAUUAAAUUAAUAACUUGGUUUUGAUAUUCUUGUUAUUUAUUUCUCCAUUUAGCUGAGAGUUCUGUAUUGUGGAAAGGUUGUAAAGCUCAUGUUCAUUCUUUCCAUGUUAAAACAGCUUUUUAAAACAGAUAAUUUGUUUUCUUCAGUAUUAUUAAAUACUGUACAUUGACAGUCUGAUCUUUUUGUAUUGUUGGUUCUUUUACAAAGAAUUAUCAGCAGAAUGAACUACUGCACUCAGCAGUACAAAUUCAUCCUACAACAAAUACUCAGAAGUUAUUCCCUGUCGCUGCUGGGCCUGACUCAAAAACCUUUGUAAUCAAAAACCCUUUCCCAUAUAAGGGUUAUGAACAGGUCUCCACUUUUUUUUUUUCUUAAUAAGACUAAAAAAUAACAAAAAGUCAGUGCUGUCAGUCUAGUGCUGAGAUGAGAAGUGCCUGGAUUAUUGCCAGUUUAGGGAACAUAGAAGCUUCAGCAAAGUCAGUAGAAGUUAGGUAUGUUUUGCAAAUUUAGGGAUAUAUCCCAAUAGGUGUAACCAGGCUCUAGCUAAGAGGCACUGAUGUGGUGGCAAAAGUAUCUUUUGUCUUCUUUUAUCCUACCAGUAUGAGAAUAAAAUGAAAGCUGGCUUAUACCAUCCUUCAGGCUCUUUUAACAUGAGCUUUUUUCCAACUAAAGUAGUACUGGUUUGGACUGAAUGUACAUGUCUAUAUAUUAAUGACUUCUACUUUUGUAGGAUGGUGAAAAAAAGUUUUGAAUGGUUAAAAAUUAGUGUGCUUGGGAAAAAAUAUUUUUUUAAAGUGAAGUUGUGUAAUUAAAAUUCGCUUCCUGCUUGCGAUGCUGGGUAGCAUUCAGUGGUUCUAAUUAAAGCUCUUCAGCUUUGCAGCCAAAUACUGGUAUAAUUUAGACAUGCUGGGGCCAGAUGGCAAAUGAACUUUUUAAUGUUAACUUACAAUUUUUUUUGAGAUCUGAAUGGAAUUUGAGAAUCCUCAUUCUGAUGGUUUCACAUCUUAAUACCAUGGAAUGCAAGAUGCAGUAAAACUAAGGUGACAAAGCAACAACAAAAUGUAUUAGUUUUAUUCUAUGAACAGACACAGGAAGGAAAAUACAGACAAAUUAAAACAGUGUUUUAAAGAAACUCUGAGGAAUUUCUGGAAUGCAUCUAAAUCUGUUCUUAUCAGAGGCAGAGAUGGAACCAGAGUUCUUACAGUUCAUUUACUCUGUAUAGGAACAGUGUUAAUGCCUGCUUACAGAAGGUGAAUUUAAUCAGUUAAAACUCUGAAUUCUGAAAAUAAAAAUAGAAACAUCUUUUUCCUGUUUGUUUUCAAAGUGCAGAACCAUCUUUGUAUUAAAACAAUAAAAUCAGAAUAUUCAGCUGUUGUAAAUGGCCAUCUCUGGGACAGCUUCUUUUACCUCUUACUGUGGAAUUAUUCCUAGUGGAAAUAAAGUUACAAUUAAGUUGAAAUAA